AAGACGAUGGUGUCGGAGCAGCUCAGCCGCGACGUGCUCAGGCUUUUAAGGGAAGAAAUCCACACAGACACUGUUCUUUCUGUUGGUGGCUCUCUGUUCAAAGUGCACAGGGCAGUCUUGUUAGCCAGAGCUCCUGGCUUUCAUUUCCACGUCCUUGGACAGAUGUCGAGUGGUUUAACAAACGAGCCUGUUCCUGUGGACAGCGUGGAUGCUUCAGAGUUUAGAACAUUUUUACAGAUUGUAUAUUCGUCAAACAACAGCAUAAAAAACUAUGAAGAGGAAAUUGUUAAAAAAAUGAAAGUGGAAAGUGUAAUUCUGGAAAAGAAGGCCACUGUUAGCUUUCAGGAGUGUAGAAAUUUGUCUGGAUGUUUUCCUGGGAAGAGUGAUAUACCAGCGGAUAUUACCGGUAGAGACGGCAGUUUUAUUUCCAGUGAUAACUAUCACCUGGAACCUGCAUCUGAAUUAGGAGAAGACUUGCUGAAGCUUUACGUGAAUCAGUGUUGUCCCGACAUUGACAUUUGUGUUGAUGGGAAGAAUUUCAGAGCUCACAGGGCCAUUCUCAGUGCCAGGUCUGGUUAUUUCGCUGCCAUGCUGAGUGGCUGCUGGGCCGAAAGCUCCCAGGAGUGUGUUACUCUUCAGGGUAUAACCCAUGCAGAAAUGAAUGUUGUGAUGCAUUUUAUAUACGGAGGGACUUUGGACUUUCCAGACAAAGCUAAUGUUGGUCAGAUACUGAAUGUGGCUGACAUGUAUGGCCUGGAAGGAUUAAGAGAAGUAGCAGUCUAUAUCUUAAGAAGAGACUACUGUAACUUCUUUCAGAAGCCCGUUCCCAGAACAUUGUCAUCGAUUCUAGAAUGCCUAAUUAUUGCUCAUUCAGUUGGAGUGGAAAGUCUUUUUGCUGACUGCAUGAACUGGAUUAUAAGCCAUUUUGCAAGGUUUUGGUCAGAAAGAAGCUUUGCAAAUGUACCUCAUGAACUUCAGAAAACUUGUCUCCGAAUGCUGAUCCAGUCCCUAAAUCAUAGGAAUGCUGCUUUGCUUCUGAUGGAAAGUGACAGGCUAAUCAUGGGUUUACCGAGAGUAAAGUGGACAGAAGCGGCAUUGUCCAUGGCAUCUCAGCUGCAAGAAGAGUGUGUGGCAUUUAUUGUAGAAAACUUCUCAAAGACCAUUGAGACUGAAAAUUUUACUCUGCUCUUACAGUCACAAGCAAUGAGCAGCACAGCUCAUCUGUUGGACAAAAUUUUUAAAGCAAUUGAAGACAAUAUUACCACUGAAAAUAGUUGCUCCCUCCUUAUGGCUCUGGACACAUUACUGAAUUCUGAAAGCACAAAGGAAAUGGGCUUUACGUGCAAGAUCCAAGCCGUGCGUGACAAACUGUGGACCUUCCUGGUUCAGUCUUUCUAUGCUGUCCGCCACACAGAGAGCUGGGGACAGAUGCACAUCGGUGAUCAGCAGAAAAUCCAAGCAGCUGCAUUUGACAAAGGUGAUGAUCGAAGACUUGGCAGGAAGCCUGUGCUUACCAGCUCCCAGCCAAGGAGACAAGGCUCUGAUGCUGAUAUUAUAAAAAAGAAACCUUGGAUGGAAAAUAACAAAAAUCUGUAUCGAAAAUAUCUCUCUAUUAAUCAGAAUAUGAAAUCUGAUGGACUAGGAGCAUCAGGACAUACAUCCAUCACUAACAGAAACAGUGUGAACAAAGCACUCAAGCAUAAUGAUAGUACAAAAAUAUCCAGAGUUACAAAAGAACUGAAAACUGGGGGUGGAAAUAUUUCUGGUAAGUCUAAAGCUGUAAUAAAGGCCCAGACAGAAAACAAUGACAACACAAAGUUGGAGGAUCUAUCCAAAGCUGCAGGAGGACCAGCAAAAACAGCAGCAACUGGACAGAAAGACUCAGUGCUAGGAAAAGGAGUCAGGAACCGAGAAGCACAGACCACAGGGGCCAGGCCCAAGGCACUCGGUGCAAACUUGAAUGUGCAAGCCAGAGCCAAGCCUUUGAAAACAGGGACAAGGAAAGAUUCUCCAUGCCCUACUACUGUAGGACCCGCUGGCAGAUCUACAAAUUUGAGUAUGGAGCUUUUGACUUCCACUGGGCAUGCAGAUGAGCCAAAAGAAAACGGGUCAGUGGAAGACCGGUCACCUGGUGAGAAGCCGCACUUUAGUGACUCUCCAGGAGAGGUGCUGAAUGAUGGAGUAUCAGCUGUCGCUGUAAAAUCUCGACCAGUCUCAAGAGUUAUCAAUGGAGCAUCCCAUAAAAAAAGCACUCAUCAACGAGACUCUAACAUAAGUAGCAGUGUAAUCAAAAAGGUGAGUGGCAAAGGACUUAGUGACCCAGCGCCACAUGCGGCUGUGAAGAAAAGAGUGAGCAGCAACGGAUACACAGCAGCUCAGCCACGGACAAAGAGCGCCCCUCCCACCCUUGCCCAAAUCCAAGGAUGCCACGGAGAGUCCCCACACUCUGUAAAAUCUUCAGGGUCUUCGAGGCAGUCUCAUGAAAACGUAACAAAGCUGAGGCACAGUGCAGCUGCGGAUAAACAAACACCUAAGAGAAAAAUUGUCAAGCAAGGACAUGGAACUUUGCAGAAGGUUAAUGCAAAAGUGGUAUCAUCACCUAAAGACACAAGUCAGUCCAAGAAAGGUGGAGUUUUGAAUAAUGCAAAUUCAAAACAGAAAGUGCUUCCCGGAGAGGUUACGACACAAACUCAGGCUUCUCAAAGACCUUCCAAAACGGAAGCAGCCACCACACAGAAAUGCAUACUUCCCAAUGUGAAUGACAAGAACCAUGUUUUUAAACAGAGGCCUCCCGGGUCCCUAGUUCAGCUUGCUUCUGAGACCAGUGGUGCAGGUACUCUCCAGUCACUGUGCAGACCUCACCCACAAAAGCCACUAGACAGUCACAGGAAAAAGAAACCAGAAUUAGAAUGCCAAAAGAGUUCAAAUCCAGAUGAAUCAAUAAAACAUGAGCUGAAGUCAAAACAAACUGGUUUAGGUCAAAGUAACACAUCCAGUUACAAAGACACGAAUCACUGCAGUGCAAAUUCGAAUCACUCUAACAUCACUGCUCUAAAAUACACGGUUUCAAAUCCAAAUGAAAACUCCACAAACUCUAAUCCAGUUUGUGAUUCAAACACUGCAAAUGCAGAGAGAGUCCGUUUAUUCUCAGAUAGAGAAAAACAAACAGGAAAAAAAAACACAGACACUAAACCAAGUAUGAAUUGUGUCAAAGCAAAAGAAGCUUCCCCGUGUGUUCCUGAAGGGACAGGUGGGACCUUAAACUCUCUUCAAGAUGAAAGAAAAUCAUCAGUUCAAAGCCAGUUACCCGAUAACUCUGCCACCAAGGACAAUAAAUGUGCUUCAGUCAACUCAGCUGUUUCUUCCAAAUGUCUUUUGGGACAACCAUCAGGAAAAAAUGAUAAAAAUAUGGAAACAUCAGAAACCCCAGAGGGCCAUGAAACUCCAGAAGCUCCCUUCAUAGGUCACUGGGAUUUGAGCACCAGUGCCACACAUCAGAGAGAGAGCCCCGAGUCUGACACUGCCAGUGCCACCACAUCCUCCGAUGACAUAAAGCCCCGCUCUGAAGACUAUGAUGCUGGAGGCUCUCAGGAUGAUGAGGGCUCCAAUGACCGAGGCAUCUCCAAGUGUGGCACCAUGCUGUGCCCUGACUUCCUCGGAAGGAGCAGCAGUGACACCAGCACCCCUGAGGAACUGAAGGGUUACGACACCAACCUCAGAAUUGAAGUCAAAGUCAAAAAGCAGGGUGACCUUUUCCAAAUCAACUCAACCAGCGAUGAUGAGAUUCCUAGGAAAAAGCCAGAAAUUUGGUCUCGAUCUACAAUAAUCCAUCCCAGGGAAAGAGAAAAUACUACACGAGGCAGUGUCUCGUUUGCUCAGGAAAUGGAUCAGGUUUCUUCUUCAGCAGAUGAAACAGAAGAUGAGCGAUCAGAAGCAGAGAACACUGGAGAAAAUUCCUCCCCAUGCAACUCAGGUACUCAGCACAUUCAGGGAAUAGUUAACUUAGCUUUCGAAGACGGAACUGAGCACGAAAGCCGCGAGUUUUCUGCACCUAAAAGGUUCCGAAGGUCGGUGUUGCUCUCGGUAGAUGAAUGUGAAGAAGUGGGAUCUGAUGAAGGGGAAGGCCACGCCCCCUUGCAGCCUUCUGUAGACUCUCCAUCACCUUCUGACAUUUUCCAUGGUGUUUCUUAUGAGCACCAUGGAAGGACAGGUUACUCCAGACUUUUGAAAGAAAGUGAAGAUGCUACUGUACAUUGUAAGCACAAUGAUAAAGGCAAUAGUGUAUAUAAAAAUGAAAGUGUUCUCCUGGGUCCUAGUAGCAAAGACUUUUCAAGAAAAGAUAAACAGAGUGUCUCAACAGCCCAAAAGAACAGAUUAUAUGUCCCACCCAAAGGAAGCCAACAGUUUUCUCCCGAAGAUGAGGAAAUAAAUAGUAGAAGCAAGGUGGCUAAUGGCUUCCAGCAGCACAACACGUUCUUGGAUGGUGACACAAAAUCUCAAGAAAGACCGUGUCAUCUGGAGCUUCAUCAGAGAGAACUCAGCUCCAACAUACCAAAGAUGAGCUCAGCAAAAUCUCUAGACUCCUAUCUGAGUCAGGUUCCACCUCAGGAAGGUCAAGGGAAAGAGAGCCAUUCCACAUCUCCCAAGAAAGCUAAUAAUGCUGUAUUUUCAGGAGACAUAGAUGAUUGUGACACACUGGCACAAACCUGCAUGUAUGACCACCGGCCUUCAAAAACCCUCUCUCCAAUAUAUGAGACGGAUAUAGCAGAAGCAUUUGAGCAGAAAGUGGAAUCAGAAAUCCAUGUCAUAGACAGGGACUCUGAAGAUGGUCAGCAUUUUGCAAAACAGGACUGGACACUGCUGAGACAGCUGCUCUCUGAACAAGACGCAAACUUAAAUGUCACACAUUCUCUUCCUGAAGACCUAAGCUUAGCACAGUAUUUAAUCAAGCAGACACUCCUUUUAGCUGGAGAUAGCUCAAAACCUCAGGGUUCAGCACAUGCUGACUCUUGGAACAGGUGGAGUGAACUCUCGUCCCCACUUGACGGUUCCUGGACAAGUGACACCACGGCUGGUGUUCCCUCUGAAGGUUGUUCACCUCUAGGGGAGUGGACAAUCCUGGAGCUGGAAACCCAGCAUUAACAGUUUCAGCAUUCAGGAAACAUUUAAACAAUGCCUACGUUAUAUUUAUAAUUUAAUUAGCCAGAUACAGACUGUCUUUAAAACUGAUGGAGUCUUCAAUUUACUGAGGUAAAUAUAGCUUAUUUAUUAAUAUGAUGUCUCAUGUUAAAAUGGUUUUCUAAAUUUUUGAGCAUGUUUUCCAUAACUGUUAGAAAGACUAGAAGACUUGUAGAAAAUCUGUGCUCCAGUUUUCUUUCCUAGCUGAUAAUUUGUUCAUUUAUUCAGGAAUUUCCAUGUCAGUGCACAAGGAGAUCAACCCCUUACAGUUUUGAUUCUGCAUAUGGUACCAUAAUAUUUAACAAUAAACUUACUGUGUGUGUG